AUGAGACUCAUGGGAGGUUUUUUUGUGUGCGCAGACUGGCAGGUUGCCACGCUGGCCCUGUUGCUAGGGGGCGGGGCCUUGGUGCUGAUGUCGUUCCUGGUGGCCCUGGUGGCGGUGUGCAUCGGGACGAGACGGCGCUUCUACGGGCCGGUGGCGUGCAUGCUGUUCGCCGCAGUGGUCCUCCAGGCCUGCAGUCUGGUCCUCUACCCCAUCAAGUUCAUCGAGAGCAUAAAUCUACGGAUCUACCAUGAGUUCAACUGGGGCUAUGGCUUGGCUUGGGGAGGGACCAUCUUCUCGUUCGGCGGCGGGAUCUUGUACUGCCUCAACCCCAAAAACUAUGAGGAUUACUACUAA